AUGGCUUGUCAUGGAUGCCCCAAUGGCAAUGCCAAUGUCUGGCGCUUUGUUCUGUGCCUUUUGAUUGCCAUUGCCGGCUUCGCUCCAAACCCGAGUUUCGCUAAGAAAACAAAAGUUGAUGGCUUGAAAUUGAACGUGAUCGAUGGUUGCUGGAGAUGGAACUCGGAUUGGAGAAGUAACCGGCAGGAACUUGCAUUAUGCUCAGUGGGAUUUUCUGGGAAGAUGAGCAACAACAUAGGAAGAGAUGUCAUAUACUAUCAAGUCACGGACCCAAGUGACAAUGCGUUGGACCCCAAACCGGGAACUUUGAGAUAUGGGGUUACCAUGAUAAAAGGGAAAAAGUGGAUCACCUUCCAGAGGGAGAUGCACAUUAGGCUUGACAAACCACUUCUCAUUAGUAGCUUCACUGCCAUUGAUGGAAGAGGUGCUAAUGUUCACAUUGCUGGUAAUGCAUGCUUGCUGGUCUUUCAGGCAAGCAAUAUAAUCAUCCAUGGCCUUCGAAUCCAUCAUUGCCGACCCCAACCACCAAGCUCAGUUAUGGGUCCAGAAGGAAAGAUAAUACCAAUAGGGCAGGUUGAUGGAGAUGCAAUAAGAGACCAGGACAAGGUUAUGCUUCUCGGCCAUGAUGAUGGCUACUUUCGGGACAAGAACAUGAGGGUGACCGUUGUGUACAACCAUUUUGGACCCAACUGCAACCAAAGAAUGCCAAGGAUUCGCUAUGGAUAUGCACAUGUCGUGAAUAAUCUUUACAGAGAAUGGUCGCAGUAUGCCAUUGGGGGAAGCAUGAACCCUAGUGUUAAGAGUGAAGCCAACCUCUUCAUUGCACCAAAAUCGGGAAACAAGAAAGAGAUCACUUGGAGGAAGGACAGCAUUGGAGACAAAGAAUCCUGGAAGUUUUACUCUGUAGGAGAUAUCUUCGAAAAUGGGGCUUCUUUCGUCGAAACAGGUGCCGGAAGAGCAAAGCCAAACUAUAACGGAGAACAAACUUUCCCAGUUGUUAAUGCCAAAUCUGUCCGCUCAUUGACAAGGUCAUCUGGUGCUUUGAUAUGCAUCAAAAGAUCCAGAUGCUAA